GUUGGAGAGCUGACUGCAUCCCUGCAAAGCUCACUGCAGCAGGUGUCCACUGUCAAUAAGAAGCUAUCACUGAAAGAAGAAGACAUCGAAACGCUUCAGAGUGAGGUGCAGUGCCGGCAGGCCUCCCUGGAGCAGCUGCAGGCAGAGGUGGAGCAGCAGCGAGUGCAGUUGGCGCAGGUGGAGCUGGACAAAGACUCCCAGCUCAGCAGCCUGAGGGAGGAGCUGCUCAGCCAGACUCAGCAUCUCGAUACCUGCCAAGCUCGGAUCUCGUUCUUGGAGGUGGAGGUGGAAACGUUGACAGAGCAGCUCCACAGCCCCGAGGUGUGUGAGGAGGAUCAGAACGGCAGUGUGACGGUGGAUGACCUAGAUCACAUCCACAAGGUCAACAGAGACCUGGAGCAGCAGCUCACUGACAAGAACAGGACCAUCAAGCAGCUGCAGCAGAGACUGGCAGAACUGAAGAGGACGCUGCAGAAGGAACUGAAGCUUAAGCCUGAACCAGAAGCCGAAGGGAAGGAGAAGUUUCCAGAAAGCCGGGCAGAAAAACCAGAGAGGGUUUAUCCAGAGCCGCCACCAGCAUCCACGCUUAGCCCCCCCACCUCCAACACCACGGUGACCAACACCUCCGACCUCAACGACUCACGAGAAAUCAACUUUGAGUAUCUCAAACACGUCGUACUCAAAUUUAUGUCAUGUAGAGAGGCUGAGGCAUUCCAGUUGAUACGCGCUGUGUCUGUGCUGCUGAACUUCUCUCGUGAGGAAGAGGACAUGUUGAAACAAACUCUGGAGUACAAGAUGUCCUGGUUUGGAUCAAAGCCUUCUCUGAAGGGUGCCAUCCGGCCUUCAACGAACUGGAGCUGAGUAGCAGCAGCAAGAAUUGAAGCUGUGGAGAGAAAGAAACCGAAGGAGGGAAACAUCUUUCUGCUCGGGCUCCCAUCACUGAGCAGCUCUAGAUUUAAACUCUGAACAGCCUCUCUAGGUUUUCUGGCUCUGUGAGGGAAGGACUGUUCAUCUGCUCCGGUGGGACAGAGAAGGGCUGCACAGGAUGUUCUUAAUCAAUUGUUGAUUUUUAAAUGACAUUAUUUCCUUCUCAUUGGUUGAGGCCGAUGGACCUGUGGCCAUAUGUUACAGAGAGUAAACUGACACACAUCACUCGUACUGUGGUUCUUAAGUGUCUACAUGAAGUCUGAUUUCUCUUCUGUGACAAACAUCACAGUGAGUUAGCAUGUCAGGACGUGAGAGAGUUUUAGAAGACGUGACAGACUGACUCGACUGUUAUCUUAGAUCAUUUCUACAAUGAUUCACACGACUCUGUUUGUCAGAACAGAAGAACAUUGUGACUUCUUUACUGGACGAGUGGUGCAGCAUUCAUUGCUAACGGUCACAUGGUUAUUCUUUCAGUAUAAAUCACAGAGGGCUUCUCAAUGAGUGUGUCAUUAAACGAUGGGACAGGUUACCCAAGCUGGUUUCAGUACCAGUGAGUUUAUUUAAUAAUACCUGCCAAAUUGACAAAUAGUUCACAUUUCUGUCAAAGGAUCUAAAUGUAUCUACAUUUAGAGAUUGAGGCCCCUCUGCCGAUUUUCUUUCAUCAAAUUGUCAUCACACAUUUUCCUUGCUUGAAAAGUGUACAUCAUUUUAUAUAUUCAUUAUAGAAUUGAAAGGAAUGUGUGCAUCUAUGGUCUGAUGGAAAAUGUAUACAAUUCUUAAAAGACUACUUUACAACUUUAAAAAAAA